CUGACGUCACCAAAAGGGUCUCGUCUGUCCUCUUUUUUCUUCCGAGCAAAGCGCAAGCACACCACCUCACCAAGGUGGAUCGGGUAGAUCAUCGAUAGCUGAGCUUGGAGUAUGCAGCUUCGAUGACGAUGCGGGGCAUCAUCUUUAAUUACAGUAGCAAGGAGUUUAAUUUAUCAGCGCAGCAGAGAGCAUCAACUUCCGAGGGGGAGUUCCGCCACGGAGCAUCGGGGGCUACGCAGCACCACUCCCUUUCCCGACGCCUUGCCUUUUCUUCCCCGCCCUCGCCCGCGGCCGGCCGGCUCAUUCCAAAUCCGCGGUGGCUGGGGCCCGCCGCCGCAACUGUGCCGGCCGUCCUCCAGCCCCUUUUUGGGUUCCUUCCAAAUAAAUCCCAAACGGCCACCCGCCGAUCUGUCGUGGCGCGCCACGGAGCCCGACGGCGAGGGAGCAGCACAAUGCGCCGGGGCUCACUCCUCCCGCUGCUGCUUGCGGCGGCGGCGGCGGCCGCGGUUUCCUCCGCCGAGCCGGCGUCGACGCUGUCCAGGCCGGCGCGCCCGGUGACGGUGCCGCUCGGGGACAGGGGCCACGCGGUGGACCUGCCGGACACGGACCCGCGGGUGCGGCGCCGCGUCACGGGCUGGGCGCCCGAGCAGGUCGCCGUCGCGCUCUCCGCCGAGCCCACCUCCGCCUGGGUCUCCUGGAUCACAGGGGACUUCCAGAUGGGCGCCGGCGUCAAGCCGCUGGACCCCGGCGCCGUGGGCAGCGUCGUGCGCUACGGCCUCGCCGCCGACUCCCUCCCCCACGAGGCCGCCGCCGGCGAGUCGCUCGUGUACAGCCAGCUCUACCCCUUCGAGGGCCUCCGGAACUACACCUCCGGCAUCAUCCACCACGUCCGCCUCCGGGGACUGGAGCCCGGGACCAGGUACUACUACCGGUGCGGCGACCCGGCCAUCCCCGGCGGCAUGAGCGACGUCCGCGCGUUCCGGACGAUGCCGACCGUCGGGCCCAGGAGCUACCCGGGGAGGAUCGCCGUGGUCGGGGACCUGGGCCUCACGUACAACACCACGGCCACGGUGGAGCACAUGGUGCGCAACCAGCCGGACCUGGUGCUCCUCCUCGGCGACGUCUGCUACGCCAACCUCUACCUCACCAACGGCACCGGGACGGACUGCUACUCGUGCACCUUCGCCAACUCCACGCCCAUCCACGAGACCUACCAGCCGCGCUGGGACUACUGGGGAAGGUACAUGGAGCCCGUGACGUCCAGCAUCCCGAUGAUGGUGGUCGAAGGGAACCAUGAGAUCGAGGAGCAGAUCCACAACAAGACGUUUGCGUCCUACAGCUCCAGGUUCGCGUUCCCGUCAGAGGAGAGCGGAUCCUUCUCUCCGUUCUACUACUCGUUUGAUGUUGGUGGCAUCCAUUUCGUCAUGCUCGCUUCGUACGUUGACUACAAGAAAUCAGGUGAGCAAUACCGGUGGCUGGAGAAAGACUUGGAGAAGGUGGACAGGUCAGUGACACCGUGGCUGAUCGCCGGGUGGCACGCGCCCUGGUACACCACCUACAAGGCUCACUACAGGGAGGCCGAGUGCAUGAGGGUGGAGAUGGAGGAGCUCCUCUACUCGUACGCCGUCGACGUCGUCUUCACCGGCCAUGUGCACGCGUACGAGCGCUCCAACCGGGUGUUCAACUACACGCUGGACCCGUGCGGCCCCGUGCACAUCUCGGUGGGCGACGGCGGCAACCGGGAGAAGAUGGCGACGGCCCACGCCGACGAGCCCGGCCACUGCCCGGACCCGGCGUCGACGCCGGACCCCUUCAUGGGCGGCCGCCUCUGCGCCUCCAACUUCACGUCGGGCCCCGCCGCCGGGAGAUUCUGCUGGGACCGGCAGCCGGAGUACAGCGCCUACAGGGAGAGCAGCUUCGGGCACGGCAUCCUGGAGGUCAAGAACGAGACGCACGCGCUCUGGCGGUGGCACCGCAACCAGGACCUGCACGCCGCCGUCGCCGACGAGGUGUUCAUCGUCCGGGAGCCCCAUAAGUGCCUCGACAAGUCCACCAGACUACUAGCCUACUGAUUAUUAAUUACUCCGCAGUUCUUUUUAUCUUCAAAUAAGUAAAAAAUUAAUUUAGAAUCACUUCUCUCCUUCUGGAUUAAGCAAGUAGUCAGCAUGUGUAAUCUGGAAUGGAAAUGCACAUGCUUGUUUUUGUUUUC